AAAUCAUUAACAAUUGCCCAGGAACGAGAAGAUAGAGAGAGUGAAACAUUUGGAUAUUUAGCAUUAGGAGAUACUUAUCGACUAAGCAAUCAGGCCCAAAAAGCAAUUGAAUACUAUGGAAAAUUAUUGAAAAUUGCUCAGGAACGAGGAGAUAGUGAAAGUGAAACACGUGCAAGCCUUGGUUUGGGGAAUGUUUACAAAGCGAACAAUCAGGUACAAAAGGCAAUUGAAUUCUUCGAAAAAUCAUUAGGAAUUGCACAGGAACGAGGAGAUGGAGAGAAUGAAACACGUGCAUAUGUUGAGUUAGUCGAUGCAUAUAGAAUGAACAAUCAGAUUCAAAAGACAAUUGAAUGUCAUCAAAAAUUAUUGAAAAUUGCUCAAGAACGAGAAGAUAGUGAUUUUGAAACACGUGCAUGUCUUGGCUUGGGAGAAGCCUACAAAUUGAACAACCAGGUUGAACUAGCGAUUGAAUACUUUGUCAAAUCAUUGAGAAUCGCCCAGGCGCGCGAAGAUAGAGAGAAUGAAAUCCAUGCAAAUCUUGGGCUAGGGUAUGCUUACACAGUGAAAAAUCAGAUUUUGAAGGCAAUUGAGUACUAUGAAAAAUCACUGAAAAUUACACAGGAACGAGGAGACAGAGAGAACGAAACACGUGCAAAUUUCGGGUUAGGAAAUGCUUACAAAAUCAACAAUCAGAUUCAAAAGGCAAUAGAAUACUAUGAAAAAUCAUUAGAAAUUGCACAGGAACGAGAAGAUAGAGAGAAUGAAAUACGUGCAUAUAUCGACUUAGUGGAUGUUUAUAAAUUGAACAAUCAGAUUCAAGAGACAAUUGAAUGUCAUCAAAAAUUAUUGAAAAUUGCUCGGGAACGUGAAGAUAGUGAGUUUGAAACACGUGCAUGUCUUGGCUUGGGAGAAGCUUACAAAUUGAACAAUCAGAUUGAAAUGGCGAUUGAAUACUAUGGCAAAUCAUUGAGAAUUGCACAGGAACGGAAGGACAGAGAGAGUGAAACACGUGCAAAUCUUGGCCUAGGCAAUGCUUAUAAAGUAAACAAUCAGAUUUCGAAGGCAAUUGAGUAUUAUGAAAAAUCAUUGGAAAUUACACAGGAGCGAGAAGACAGAGAUAAUGAAAUACGUGCAUACACUGAGUUAGUAGAUGCUUAUAGUGUGAACAAUAAGAUUCAAAAGUCAAUUGAAUGCCUUGAAAAAUUAUUGAAUAUUGCACAAGAACGAGAAGAUAGGGAGUUUGAAACACGUGCAUGUCUUGGCUUGGGAGAAGCAUAUAAAUUGAGCAAUCAGAUUGAAACAGCGAUUAAAUACUUUGGAAAAUCGUUAAGAAUCGCCAAGGAACGAGGGGAUAGAGAGAGCGAAACACUUGCAAAUCUGGGGUUAGGGGAUGCUUACAAAGAUAGCGAUCAGACCCAAAAGGCAACUGAGUACUAUGAAAAAUCAUUGCGAAUUGCGCAGGAACAAGAAAACAGAGAGAUUGAAACACGCGCAAAUUUUGGCUUAGGGUAUGUUUACAAAGUGGAUUAUCAUAUCAAAAAAGCAAUUGAAUACUAUGAAAAAUCAUUGAGAAUCGCACAGGAACGAGAAGAUAUAGAGAAUGAAACACGUGCAUAUAUCGACUUAGUGGAUGUUUAUAAAUUGAACAAUCAGAUUCAAGAGACAAUUGCAUGCCAUGAAAAAUUAUUGAAAAUUGCACAGGAACGAGGAGAUAGUAAGUUCGAAACCCGCGCAUGCCUCGGUUUGGGAGAAUCAUAUAGACUUAACAAUCAAAUUCAAACCGCAAUUCAAUACUAUGAAAAAUCAUUAAAAAUUGCCCAAAAACUAGAAGACAGAGAACAUGAAACAUGUGCAUAUUUAGGGUUGGGAGAAGCUUACAGAAAUAUCAAUGAGAUAGAAAAGGCAAUUGAAUGCUAUGAAAAGUCGUUAAGAUUUGGAAGGGAACGUGAGGACAGAGAGUAUGAAACACAAGCAAAUUUUGGAUUAGGAAAUGCCUACAAAGUUGAUAAUCAGAUUCAAAGGGCAAUUGAAUACUAUGAAAAAUCAUUGAGACUCGCACAAGAACGAGGAGAUAGAAAGAAUGAAAUACGUGCAUAUAUUGAAUUAAUAGAUGUGUAUAGACUAAACAAUGAAACCGACAAGACAAUUGAAUGCCAUGGAAAAUUAUUAUUCAAAGUUGCACAAGAACGAGGAGAUAGUGAGUUUGAAAGACACGCAUAUUUUGGUUUAGGAGAUGCCUACAAGAUGAACAAUCAGAUUCAAAAGGCAAUUGAUUGCUAUGAAAAAUCAUUGAGAAUGGCUCAAGAACGAAAAGAUAGAGGGAAUGUAACACGUGCAUAUCUUCUGUUGGGAGAAGCUCAUCGAUCUAAUAAUGAUACACAAAAAGCAACUGAAUACUAUGAAGACUCAUUGAGGAUGGCACAGGAAGAAGAAGAUAGAGAUAAUGAAACACGUGCAUAUCUUGGGCUAGGAGAUUGCUAUAAAUCAAACAAUCAAAUUCACACAGCAAUUGAAUAUUACAAAAAAUCAUUGGAAAUUGCUCUGAAACAAAAAGAUAGAGGGAAUGAAACACGUGUAUAUCUUGUGUUAGGAGAAGUUUAUAGGCUGAACAAUCAGAUACCAAAGGCAAUUGACUACUAUGAAAAAUCACUAGGAACUGCACAAGAACGAGAAGAUAGAGAGAAUGAAACGCGAGCAUGUCUUGGGUUAGGAGAAGCGCAUAGAUCAAGCAAUCAGGUUGAAAAGGCAAUUGAAUAUUAUGAGGAAUCAUUGCGAAUUGCGCAGGAACGAGAAGAUAAAGAGAUUGAAACACGUGAAAAUCGCGCGUUGGGAAAUACAUUGAACAAUCAGAUGAAUAAGGAAAUUGAAUACUAUAAUGUACCAUUAGAAAUUGCUCGGAAACGGGAAGAUAGUGAGUUUAAAACACGUGCAUAUCUUGGCUUGGGAGAAGCUUAUACCUGCAACAAUCAGAUUGAAACAGCAAUUGAGUAUUAUGGAAAAUCAUUGAAAAUUGCGUGGGAACGAAAAGAUCGAGAAAAUGAAACACAAGUAUAUUUUGGGCUUGGAGUAGCUUACAGAUUGAAAAAUCAGAUUCAAACUGCAAUCGAAUAUUUUGAAAGAAGUUUGGUAAUUGCACAAGAAAGCGAACAUGGAAAUCAUGAAAUACGUGCAUAUCUUUUGUUAGGAGACGCUUAUGUUUUGAAGAACGAGAUUGGAACGGCCAUUGAAUAUUUUGAGGCAUCAUUUAAAAUCGCAAAGGAAACAGGCCAUUCCUUCCUCCUACAGAAGUCGUCAAGAAUUGCGUUUGAAGAAUUGUCAAUUGCAGAUUCAGAAGAAAACAAAAAGCGCACAGAGUACACGGAUUCAAAAGAAGAUGAAAAUAUUCAUGGAACUCAACCUGACACAGAUCACUCUGACGAGAGCAAUUACAAGCAAGCUCUACUUCAGAAAAGAUUGGGAAAAUGUUAUGUCAACCUGGGAAGAUACGAAAAAGGCCUGAAGUGCUUUCAGAAAGCUCUAGAAAUGGUUUCCGAUCGUUGUGAGGUAGCUUUAGAGGGAAUUCUUCAUGAGUGGAGCGGCUGUUGCUGCCGCUUUUUGGAGGAUUGUGAUCAGGAAGCAAUAUUAAUUUACGAGAAGGUUAAAAAAUUUGCCCAACUCAUUGGAAAUAAGUAUCAAGAAUAUCGUGCAAACGAAGCUAUUGGUUCAAUACUAAGAAAGACUAGGAGCUAUAAUCGUGCAAAGGAAUAUUUCGAGGAAGCAAUGCGAGUCGCUGCAGAACUUGGCGAUCAACAUCGCGAAGGAAUAUCGUGUUCAAAUUUUGCAGCUACAUGUAGCGAGGCUGAUGAUGAUGAGACAGCAGUUGAAUGGUACGAAAAGGCAAUCGGUAUCUUUGAUUCCGAGUCAAAUAGUCACAUCCUGCAGGAGAAAGCCCUUACUGGUUUGGCUGUUUCCUGGUUCAAUCUUGGUAACACUCGAAAAGCGUUAGCAUCAAUUGAAAAUGCACGUGAAUUGGCAAAGGAAGAAGGAGAUAUAGCUCACCUAGAUAGUGUUGAUAUUACUGAUCAGGACAAUUCGGGAGAGAAAACAUCUUUGUCAGAAGUAACGGGGAAAACGAAUUCAAAGAAACACGAAACAUUGCAGGAAGAACAACAUGUUGCAGAGAGAACGGAUUUCUGCGUUUUCCAGGAAGCAAAGACAAUUACAGAGUGGGUAAAUUUUGUGACUAAAGAAACAUACAAUCCAAGCAGAACAGAAAGUUUACCGACAACUGAUCCGGUUUAUUUUGAGAAAUACAUCAAGGAAUUUUCGGCCACCAGCGUGUACACUCAUCGAGUGACCAGAAAGGAACCUCUGACAGAGAAAAUUCGUAAGUCGAUGACCGAAAAUGUCAAGUCAGCAGCUUACAAUAAUUUGUUGGAUCAAAACAGUAAACUAUUUGGCAACACAGACGGAGAAUUUGUCGAUGGAGAUCAGCAAAUUCUCAAUUUUGCAAGAGAUGACGUGCACAAAAAUGCGUCAACCAAAAAGCCAGCGAGGCUUAACGAGAUAUUAGCAAUCCAUUACAAAUCCAUUGCUCAGAUUUCAUGCGGAAGUAUUCGGGGAACGUGUUGGCUUGUGUCGAAAAGGCUCGUGAUAACUAACUUUCACAUUUACAUGAUGAUCAAUAAGGAAAGAGAGGAUACUCAAAAUCCUAACUUGCCAAUAUAUGUUUCAUUUGAUUUUAUGCAUCACAACCAAACGCAAGGUGUUGUCACAGUUGAAGUUGAUGAAGAACAAGAUCCAGACAUAGAGAAUUCACAAUUGGAUUAUAAAUUCUUACGUCUGAAAGAAGACGAAAGUCUUAACGGUCGCCUUCCUCUCGGUUCAAUUGUUCGAAAUCGUGCAUUGGAAGCAGGGCUUGUUAUCAUCACUGGGCACCCUGGCGGAAAAGAAAUGCAGGAAGAAACAUCCGUCGUUGUCAGCAAUCAUUCGUGGCGUGAAAAACUUAAUGCAAGGCAUGGUGUUUACACUGGUGUACACAUGACGAACACAGAACUUCUUGAUGCAACAGAAAGAUACAAAGAAUGUCUGCCGUACGAUACAAGUCUAUUUUGUGGAGCCAGUGGCUCUCCUGUCUUCGAUCUGAAUGGAAACAUCGUCGCAAUGCACGCUCAGGGAUACGUGUUACCAACUAUGGAGGGAAGACGGUGUUCACUGAUGGAGUUUGGUUUGCAGUUUAAAGCGAUUUGUGAAGAUAUUAAGCGGACGUAUGGUGAAAAUAUUGUUGAAGAACUAUUUCCAAAAUACAAUUUAGACACUAAUGGUCAGGCAAUAUGCGACCAUCCAAUGGACGUAGACUAAAGCGGUUUGAAAGAUGAAGACAACAAAACGCAGAGCGAUUAUUGUGGGGGGGGGGGAGGAGUUGAAUGUUCAUAUAUUCGAAUUGAAACUUUUGUGAUUAGUAUUUUGACUUUUAUAAUGCCUGAAUCUAGCUCGUGAGCAGUUUUUGUAUAUGUCUUGGAAUUAAUUAUUUAGACUUAAUGAUGUAUAAUCCCCAUUCAAUACUCUUAUGAUGCAUGCCUAUAGUAUAUACCUUUGAGUUGAUUUCAUUAAUCAGUGUUUCUGACAGGGACGCAGGAACGAUACGAGGGCAAAAGGGGGGAGGGGCGGUUUUUCGUGAAAGGGCACUUCUGUAGUGGCUCACCCUAGAGAAUGUUUUCAAAACAUUGUCCGUUUGGACUUCGCUUCAUCGUGUUUUAUUUUUUCUGGUAUUUCAUCAGACGAUUGUGGUAUUUUUGAAGCUGGUUGGUUGCACUUCUUGAGAUAUAAAAUGAAUGCAAUCCUUUAAAAUGGAGAACAUUUUUACUCCCAAGGUCUUUGCUGGCAAUAGGCAAAGGAAACAGCUUCUCCUCAGUUCUUCUUUCU